CAGAAUUAUUUUCAGGGUUCUCCUUUUAUUCUCAAAUAAAUAAGGCAAAGAAGGAAGGAAACAAAGACACACAUGGACUGCCACAGCUCAGCUGCCGCCCCGUGUGGAAGUGAAGAAAGAGUGAGCCAAAAGUGAAUGCAGUCCUUAUAUAAUGUGUGACAUAUAAUGUGUGACAGGUGAGUGCAAUCGAGGACAAGCACCACACCCAAUCAAAGGUGAGAGAACUAAACAAGGUGCAUCUGGUGAAGUGAGUGGGUGUGCUGGGAUGUGCCAAAGGGUGGGUCUCUACAACAAUCACUGAGAUGUGAACAGCUGUGAUGUGUGCAGCACUCAGCAGAAACAACAGACCAAAGAUCCACGACAUCCACACAGAAACACCCUGGCAGGAGAUACUUGUGGACCUUUGACCUCCUCUGAGUGGAUUACUAUUCCAAUUUCACUGAGGUUGAGUGGCUGAAGUCAGACACAGGAAGUGCAACAGUCAUCACUUAUGACUUGGAAUCCCUGAAACAGUGAUUUCAGAUAACGGACCGGAGUUCAGCUCCCUGGAAGACUUUGCAAAAAAGUGGGAGUGUCUCACAACACAACAAGCCCCCACCACGCACAGUCAGACGGGGUGGCAGAGAGAGGAGCACAAACAGUGAGACUCUUGUUAAAAAGGCAAACGCUGAGGGAACAGAUCCUUAUCUGUCCUCACUCUGAUCUCUGUUGGAGGACGUUGGAGCGUCAUCGGCCCGGCUGUUAAUGGCUCGACACAUGAGGUCAAGACUUCCAACAACAUCACAAAGGCUGAAACGCUCACUAACACACUGCAGCACUUAUUAGAAACAGGGCAACAGAAACUGAGAGAAUACUUUCAUCGAAGAACGAGAGAAGUUCAGCAACUUCAGAUCGGCCUCAAGGUCAGACUGUGGCCACAGAGCGUGUGGAGUCCAGCCCAGGGAGCUUCCGUACUGCGCAUGCUCUGUGUGACACAGUUAGCGUCCCGUUACCAUAGCAACGUGUCAGCUCAACUCCGCAGGACACGGAGCAAAACUCAGAAUCAAAUCUUCACGCCUGCUUUGAUCUUCAUCCCCUGACAGGAAGCAUGUCAUCAUCACCGAGGGUGGGUGUGGUCAGACGCUCGAUGCUGACCGACCCGCUGCUAAUCAAGGCGCCUCUUGGGCGCUCGCGGUCCAAAGGUUUUGCUGUUCCUGGUCCGGACUUCACUUUUGGAACCAGCAGUAACUGGCUGAGGGAUGGAGGCGUGGCCGAAGCUCUUUCCAGCUGGAACGUUCAGCCGCGGCAGGAAGAAUCUGCCGCUCAGCAUGCAGACUUUGUGUCUCUGAACCGCGAGGCGGUGAAGUCUGGCAUGGUGACGCCCAAAGAGCUGAGUCAGUACCGGGCUCAGAGGGCCCAGAGCUCCGCUUCCGAACUGCGGCACGGUCGGCUUCCACGAUGCCGCGAUCAGGUUCCUGACAUCACGUUUGGAGUCAGAAACAGGCCGUCGUCUCCGAUGUCAGACGUCCUGUCUCAUCAGUAUGCUCAGCGCUGGCUCCAUGAUCAGCUGAAGAAUCAAACCAGCAACCUCAAAUGCAAG